GCGGAGAGGUCCGCGCCUCCGCUCUUCGUCCUGAUGUCGAAGGACAGUCAUGGCUCCACACCCUGUCCCGUCAAUGCCUCUAGCUGGAGGGGGCUUGGGGGUAGGGUACCGUCUAAGGAUAGUAUAGAGUUCGAUAAACAGUUGGAUAAGAUAUCACUUUGGAUAGAAAGAUGGGAUCAUUUAGAGAGAUGUCACAUCCUCGAGAUUAUACUGAACCACAGCAACUACAACCAGUUCCAGUUUCUCUGGACGGUCAUGCAGCCGGCGCUUCACAGGGACUUCAUGUACUCCGCCAAAUCUGUAUACCCCACCAUGAACUUCACCCCUAUCAGUACCACCAUCAGCAGGGCCAUGAAGGACAAACUAAUGAGGACAACUCACAAGGAGUCCUUCCAUCGCAUCAAAAGCGCUUACCUCCGCGACAAGGUCCUGACCAUGGGAGAUGAUGGACAGGUCAUAUCACUCAAAGUCAAAAAGGGGCAGACGUUAUCAGCAGAGUCUGUGAGGUUGCCUAGCGUCGAGCAGGACACCAGCCCCGUCAGACCAAACUCCAUCUUGAAGAAUAGUCAGUGGGUGAAGCAGGAAGUGAGGUGCGUUUCCAAGGACACAGAUGAAGAGGCAGACGAUGUGAUGUCGAAAAAACCCAACAAAACACAGAAUCUUCUGGUCCUGACUCACCCAGAUGAGAACAUGAGUCAGAGACGAGCCAAAUCGAACAAGCCAAAACCAGCAAGUACUAAACCCGAGUCAAACUGGAAUGAGAAGAAGCCAAAGUCAGCAGCCAAGAAACAGGAUAAAAAGGACAAAGAAGUGUCGCUGUUCGUGAAGGAGAAACCAUCUGUUUGGGAGAUCAUACAGUCCGGCCCUGCUACACUCAGAUUUUUGGAGAUGGCCCCGAGACGACAUAUCCAAGAUGAAGAAUGCCCCAGACAACAUCUGAGUGAGAUGGACAGAGAGACAACCAACACGUCUGAGGCCUACAGUAUCAGGUCGUGGAAGAAGAGGAGGAAAGAUAGAAAGACAGCCCGAAGUCACUCGGAGUGCCAAUUCGGUCCCUUCAAACCUCUGCCUGAAAUCCAGGUGCAACCAAACCAGAAUCUCGAGCCGCACCAGGGCAUCUCCUCCGAGGGUUGGCAGACCCUCACAUGGUAUACUAACAACUGGGAUGACGUGCAGAGGAAUGAAUUCCUCCACAAAGUCCUUCUGAAGUUGGACCCUCGACAACAUUACUUUAUCUCAAGUUUCCUCUCGGUGAAGCAAUAUCGGGACUUCAUGUUAUUACUUCCAGAGAAGAUAGCUAUCAAGAUUCUUGGCUACCUGUCCCCAGCGGAGCUCAUCACUGCUGGUCGGGUUUGCAAGCGAUGGCAGAAGCUGUGCAACAGUAACCGUCUCUGGAAAGCAAAGUGCGAAGAAGUCCAGUUAGAUGUGCCGAUCAUACAAUCGAAUCCGAAAUGGAAGACAAUCUUCAGAGAGAACCUCUACCUCCGGGCCAACUGGACUUCUGGCAAGUGUCGGGUGGUCGACAUCAAGGGACAUACUCACAGCGUGUUCUGCGUGACGUUUGACUACCGUCGCAUGGUCACGGGAAGCCUGGACCGGACCAUCAAGCUAUGGGACAUCAAGACGGGCAACCUCCUCCAGACUCUCAGGGGCCAUCUUAAGGGCGUAUGGUGUCUUCAGUUCUUCACAGACUCACUUCUAGUCAGCGGUUCCUACGAUUGCACUUUGCGGAUUUGGAACCUCCGCACUGGUCUCACUCUCAGGACGUUGAUUGGUCACGACGGACCGAUCUGGGCGAUAGUCAGAAGGAACAACACCAUGAUAUCGGGAUCUCAGGACAAAACUGCCAAAGUGUGGGACGUGAGUCGGUGCAUGAUGAUGAGGACGUUGAAGGGCCAUACUGGCGCUGUGUUCGCUGUGGACAUGGACGAGGAGGGCACACUGGCCAUCACUGGGUCAGCUGACAGGAGUGUGCGAGUCUGGGAGGUUGCCACAGCAGAGUGUACUCGUCUGAUCUGGGCCAGCCACUCCUCCUCUAUCAUGUCAGUCAGCUGGAGCAAGGGCUUCAUUGCCUGUUCAUCCGGGGAGAUCAUCUCUGUCUACAACAUGGAGGAAGGGAGGCUCAUACGGACGUAUAAUGAACAUAAGAAGAGGAUUGAAUGUAUCAAGAUCAAGAUAGGAGAUCCAACUAAGGGUGAAGGUAUGAUUGUCAGUGGAGGGAAGGAUGGGAUGGUCAAGUACUGGGAUCUUGCUUCAGAGACCAGCAUCCAGACGUUUGAAGGACAUACAGACUCGGUCAACUGUAUCGCAUUCAACGAGCUACAGAUUGCAAGUGCUUCAUUGGAUAACAAGAUCAAAAUAUGGGACUUCAACUUGGAGAGUCCAUAACAAUAUCACGUACUGUCAACUCAGUCAGGAGCAGUCAUGACCUUAAAAUGGCAGCACGUGCUUCGCAAUGGAAAAUGGUGUCUAUAAUAUAUUAGUCUUGAUAUCUCCUGAUGUCACAGUAUGGACAGAAAUGGACUUCCUUCCGGAGCAGUGUAUUUUUUAGAAACAGAGAGUAUUAAACCUGUGUGCACCAUAUUAUGUCAAAGACAUUGUACAUAACUUAUAUGGGAGUAUUUUCAUCAAUAAAACAUAUUCAAAAGCAACACCGGCUUAAUAAUUUGACCUUUCUUCCCCCUUU